GGUUUUUUUGAGCUGUCAGCAGCUGCUGCAUCAUAACAAACAUGGCGGCGGUUUCUCUGUGACGCGGUUUUAAUUAAAUGUUGCCUUUUUAAACGCUCUAGUCCGUUCGGCGUGUUCCUCCGCGGAUCACGAUGGAGCCCGGCCCGUUUCCAGAGGCGGUUCCGGCCCGGAAGGUGACUGUGGUCGGUUCGGAGCUGGUGGAGAGCUACACGGUGUACAUCAUCGACGUAACGGACGGUCUGCACCGAUGGACGGUGAAGCACCGCUACAGCGAUUUCUACGAGCUGCAUGAGAAGCUGACGGCGGAAAAGAAAGUGGACCGCCAUCUGCUUCCUCCCAAGAAGAUCCUGGGGAAGAACUCCAAGAGUCUUGUGGAGCGGCGGCAGAAGGAGCUGGAGCUCUACCUGCAGACGCUGCUGCAGCAGUUUCCAGAGGUCACACCCACUCCGCUUGCCUACUUUCUGCACUUCCACCUCUAUGAGAUUAAUGGCAUCACAGCAGCGUUAGCAGAGGAGCUCUUCCAUAAAGGGGAGCAGCUGCUGCAGGCAGGAGAGGUGUUUUCCCUGCGUCCGCUCCAGCUUUACUCCGUCUCCCAGCAGCUCCGCCUGGCCACGCCCACCUGCCUCAGCGGAGAUGCCAGAACGGACCUGGGACACAUCCUGGACUUCACCUGCAGGCUGCGCUACCUCAAGAUUUCAGGGAGCAGAGGUCCAGUAGGAACCAGUAACAUCCAGGAGAGCAGUCUCCCCUUUGACCUGUCAGUGUUCAAGUCCCUGCUGCAGAUUGAGAUCAGUGACUGCAGCUCGCAGCAGAUCCAGGGUCUGCCGUCCCUGAGAGCCAGCCUGGCUACGCUGAACCUCCACCGCUCUACUGAGUCCAUGAUGUCCAUCCUCGUCCCAGAGGCCAACGAGUUCCCGCAGUGGGAACCGGAGGGGGCGGAGCCAGGCUGUCCUGUCACGGCACUGGUUCCUACCUGGAGACACCUGACCACACUGGACAUGAGCCACAAUCGCAUCGACGCCGUCGACGACUCAGUGAAACUCAUCCCGAAGGUGGAGUUCCUGGACCUGAGCUACAACCAGCUGUCGUCUGUGGAGAACUUGCAGCACCUCUACAGCUUGGUGCAUGUGGACCUGAGCUACAACCGCCUGCGCAGCCUGGAGGCGGCUCACACGCGGCUGGGGAACAUCAAGACGCUGAGCCUGGCGGGGAACCAGCUGGAGACGCUCAGCGGCCUCUCCAAGCUCUACUCUCUGGUCAACCUGGACCUGAGCCACAAUCAGCUGGCACAGCUGGAGGAGAUCAGGAACAUCGGAGCGCUGCCCUGCUUGGAGAAGCUCAACCUGUCCAGUAACCCCAUGUGCAUCAUCCCAGACUACAGAACCAAGGUUCUGGCCCAGUUUGGGGACCGGGCAGCAGAGGUGAGCCUGGACUGCAGAGCGACGACGGAGAAGGAGCUGGACACGGUGGAAGUGCUGAAAGCCAUUCAGAAAGCCAAAGAGGUCAAAGAUCGCAUGAGCAGCAGCGAUAAGAAGAUCAGUGAAGAUUCCAGGGCGUCUGCAGCUCCUCCUGCCUGCUCCUCCUCCUCGUCUUCGUCCUGCCCCAGCCAAGCUUCUCUUUGUUCAGGACUGACCAGCAGAGAGGACGACCCCGACGCCCCUCCCCCUGUGGACGCCACACCCCCUCCUAACAUCUCCGACACGCACCUCCUGUCUGCCGAACCUGCUCAGGUAAAACGUUUUCCUCUCAGCCAGCCUGAACAGCCACUCCUAACAGCGAACGCAGCUUCUUCCUCUGCAGCCGUCUGCUGUCUUUGCUCAGCUUGCUUUUCCAGUCACCUGGAGGUUCGCUGCUCCGCCUGCAGCGCCACCUGCAGCGCCACCUGCUGUCCGCUGCUCCCUUCUGCUCUGUUUGCCCUGUCCCUGUCCAACAAAGACUUCAGUACCCAGCUCUCCCAGCGGCUCUGCUCCAUCCUGAGCGAGCAGAAAAUGAAAAGAGGAGACGAAGAGGAGGAGGAAGAGCAGAGGUCUGAUUCCAGAGACGUUCAGUCUGAAGUGCAGAGCACCGACGUCGGCGAUCGCAGUCUCAGCUCCAGGGACGGCUACUUUGAGAUGGGCCUGGAUGACUCUGGGGAGGAGGUGGUUGGCUCCGCCCCCUUCCCGGAGGAGGAGGAGCCUGGCGUCCGGCCUGAGGAGCCGAGCGAGGAGCAGCUGGAGGUUCGGGUCCGCAGAGUUCUGUGGUGCUGCUGUGUCCUGGUCAGCGAGGAGGUGAAGCAGAAGGGGGCAUGUCUGGUUCUGACGGACCGGCUGCUGGCGCUGCUCUGCUGGUCACAUGACUCCCUGUCAGCCAAUCAGGAGACAGAUCUUUUCUCAGGCCCGGAGCAGAGUCCAGAUGUAGAGGAGAUUCUGUCGGGUUUCCAGGUGGAUCUGCUGGUACCGUACUCCCAGGUUCUGCUGACCUGCCCAGCCGAUCUCCCGGACUCCUGCCUCUCGUUUGGAAUCAAAACGGGUCAGAACCGCUGGUUCAUCUUCUCUGAGGCCAAGGAGGUCCGACAGACCAGAACCGAGCUGAACGGGCUGCUUCAGGUCAGAGACGUCGCCGAGGACCCCUCGGACCUCCCGGCUGCUCCUCUUCCUCGGCUCCUUCCUCCUUCGCUCCUCAGCCCCUGGGAGGCGGAGGAGAGUCUGUCAGCUGGGGGAGGAUUCCCUGCCCACAUCCUCUGCUCCUCUUCUCCCUCCUCUUCCUCGCCGGCCUCAGGCUCCGCCCAGCUCCCCUCUGAUCUCUGCUCGGAGGACGCCGGCCUCCUGUCGCUCCUCUUCCUCACGCCCAGAACCCUCUGGGUUCUCCGGAUGGACUUUAGGCAGCUGUGGACAGACAGCUGUGGACACCUGUCCUCUUCUUCGUCAUCCUGGUGCAGGCUGAUCCGUUUGGCCCUCAGCUCGGUUCUCCUUCACCCCGACCAGAGAGAGAUGGGAGACGGACCCCACCGCUUUUCCUGUCCAGACCCGCAGCACUGCCUCAGGAGGUGCCACUCUGUGGAUCUGCUGGCUGGAGGUCGGAGGCUGCUGCUGCUCUUCCCUCUGGCCCAGGACAGGAGCUCCUUCCUGGGGGAGCUGAGCCAGAGGAGAGCCUCUCUGGAGGGGCUGAAGGUGGUGGCGCUGCCCCGGCCCUGCGGACCCGCCUGCUGCAGAACCAAGGAGCCCUGCUGCUGCUGCAGCGACAGGAAGUCAGGCCAUAGCAGUCGGGACUCGGUGAGACUCCAAGACGAGGAGAACCAGGCGCCACCCCACCUGGUCUCAGGCCUCUCACCUGGACUGAAGCUCCUGGCCGGACUCAGAGGCCAGCAGCUGCUCUCCUACUUCAGCAGAUACGUAGCUCAGUCGCAGGCCGAGGAGCUGAGGCAUGUCUGCUGGCUCUCUGUGCUGCUCUACAAGGCUCCAGGAAGUGAGGUCACUUCCUGCCUGUUGCUUUCCACCGAGGCCAUCUACUUCCUGCUGGACGACUCCGUCCUGCCGCUGCAUCCCCACUCAGGGACGGACGCACCGAGCUCUGAGGACGCCGAGACGAGUCUCUGCAUCUGCCUGAGCGUCCGGCUGGCUGAGCUGCAGGCCGUCAACGUGGGACUGUUUGACCAGAACUUCAGGGUGGUAGGACGCUGUGCGGACCAGGUGGUCUGCUGUCUCAGCCGGGACGGCUACGGGACGAGCGUCUUCCUGCAGCGGCUGAUGGCGGCUCUUAGCCUGCAGCAGCAGCAGCGUUCGCCCCAGCCCGACCCGUCCGAUCAGGACUUCUACUCCCAGUUCACCGGGAAGAUGCAGAACUACGAGCUGGUCCACAGCAGCAGGGUGCGCUUCAUCUACCCCAGCGACGAGGAGAUGGGCGACCUGACCUUCAUCGUGUCAGAGAGGAAGACUUCUGGCAACGCGCCGCCUCCGUCCUCCUGCAGCAUCCUGCUCUAUCUGCUCGUCUUCCAGGUCCAGAUUCCCAGCCAGCCGUCCGCCUCUACUGAGCGGUCUCCGGUCCUCCAACCCCGGACGCUGGUCCUCACUGGGACGGACGUCUUCCUGCUGGACGAGGACUACGUCAGCUACCCUCUGCCGGACUUCGCCAAGGAGCCGCCAUCCAGAGGGCGCUACCAGCUGUGUGAGGCCCGACGGAUCCGGGACCUGGACCGGGUUCUGCUGGGUUACCAGCCCUUCCCCCAGGCCCUGACCCUGGUGUUUGACGACCUGCCGGGUCCGGACCUGCUCUGCCACCUCACCAUGGACCACUUCGCCCCCUCCGGCCCGGAGGCUCCGCCCCCUGGGGGCGUGGCCGGCAGCCAGGGCGAAGUGCAGUGGUGCAUCUUUGUGCCAGGGGGCGACAGCAGGGAGCGGCUGAUCUCGCUGCUCGCCCGCCAGUGGGAGGCGCUGUGCAGCCGGGAGCUUCCUGUCGAGCUCACCGGCUGAUUGGAUGCUGGGGACCGCUGUCGCCGUGGGAACCGCUGUCGCCAUGGGGAACCGCUGUCGCCAUGGGGACUGCUGUCUGGAUCUGGGGGCGCUCCUAGUGGUCGAAGGUUUUUUUGGGCAUCUCGAUAUCGGCUGCUGGAAGUGCUGAAGAUUCAGAGUCGCUCGUUUUUAAAAAACAGGAGGUGAAACGAAUGGACUGGUGUUGCACUGCAGGGGGCGCUGCAGCAUUACCUCAGGAGUCUAACGGUCAAUAUCAUGUUGAUGCACUGCAAAAACAUAAAAUCUUACAAAUUAAAUUUCAUUCAGUUUCUAGCGCAAAUAUCUCAGUCCUCAGACAAAACUAACUUACAAAUAAAUUUUCUCCAAGAUAUAGGAGCUUGUUAUAAGUUGAUAAUUCCUUAAUAUUGAUUAAAAUGUGCUAGUUCCAGUGACACAUUAUUUCUCUUAUAGCAAGACAUUUUCCCCAUGUAAUAAAUGAAAUAAUCUGCUGAUAGAACUAGUCCUUUUUAAUCAAUAUUUAGGAAUUAUUGACUUAGAACCAGCUCCUAUUUCUUUCUGAAAAGUUACAUGUAAGUCUAUUUUGUCCUAUUUCAAGUGUAAUAAGAUAUUUGCACUUGAAAAAAACGAUUUUGAGUAUCUGUGGUGCGUAACCUUUAAAUAAAUGAACUCAGCACAAAUACCGGAGACAGGGACAGUUACUUUCAGAAAUUAAUCUGGGUUAUUUAGCCUGUUAUCGGAUGAAAAUAUCAUUACGUUUUUUUAUUCACAUUGAAAUGUAGCCGUUUCAGGCUAAAUAUUCAGUGUGAAACUGCUACAUUUAGAAAUGAAUGAAUAACGUGGCGAAAAAACUGACAAAUGAACCAACCACUGUUUUCUCUAAAUAACCCAAAUUAUUGCUGUUAAUUUUGUAAUUUUUUAAACCUCGACGCCAACAUAAACAAGUGAUUCCAAAGCUGCUUGAUUUCUUCUUAAAUCUGCUUUAAAACCAAAAGUUUAAUUCAUGUGUUUAUUUUCUGUUCUAUGGCAUAAAUCCAUUUGCACACAAACUUUCACCCAGUUGCUUGGCACAAUCUGCUCUGAAUGUUGUAUUUCUUGCACAUUACUAUACCAGUAUUAUCGGACUGUAUGUUGAAGCUUUUUAUUAAUAUUAAUUUGACAGGAUUGUUGCUUUAUGUCAGACUGGAUGUUUUUCAUCCUGAAACAUUACAAAUUUAGGUUUCUAAAAAUGUUUCCAACAUGAAGUCUUAAAUAUCAUAAACACAGUUAUUAUAGUGUUGUGUUUUUUUCUAUAUAUGCACAUUCCCAGUGUUUGUUUUUGUAUGUUACAGUCAACAUGACUGAAUGGAGAACCCGUCUAUAAAGCCACUGAAUAAAAGUGAAACUGAAAGGA